GGGGACACAGUGGUUGGUCUGGCGCGAGGGAUGGUGUCAGGCCCUACCCCCACCCCCCGCUGGGAGCACCAGAGGUGACCUCGGCCUAGCGCUCCUGCUCCGGGCGGGGCCGGCGGCGGCGCCUCCAGGCCGUGGGCGCCAGUGGCCUCCUAGAGCCGGAAGGGCCGGGCCUGCGCGCUCCGGGGACUUGCGGGCCGACGGCGCGGGCGCGGGCCCGGCGGGAGGGGCUACGGCUGAUCUGUUUUUCGUUUCCUUUUCCAUCCUUUCUCAGUGUCAUCCUGAACACCGGAAGGUGCAGCGGCAGGGCUACGGACAGACCCACCCACUCUGCCCCUCGGUUGUGUGGCCACGAGGACGCCCAUUCCUCUCUGGACUCCACCCAUUAAAGCGGUUUCAGGCUCUUCGGCUCUAGAUGCAGAGCUUUUCAGGGUUGGCUGGAAGCCACAGCCCAGCCUCCUGAUGCAGUCUGAAUCCAGCCGGUGUGAAGAGGAAACUCCUUCCCUCUUGUGGGGUUUGGAUCCUGUGUUUCUAGCCUUCGCAAAACUCUACAUCAGGGAUAUCCUGGACUUGAAGGAGUCCCGCCAGGUGCCAGGUGUAUUUUUUUACAGUGGGCAUCCAAUAAAACAGGUAGAUAUCUUGGGAACUGUAAUUGGAGUGAGAGAAAGAGAUGCUUUCUACAGUUAUGGAGUGGAUGAUAGCACUGGAGUUAUAAACUGCAUCUGCUGGAAGAAAUUGAAUAAUACCAAAUCCUCAUCAGCUGCUCCAAGUGCAAGAGAGCUGAGCUUAACCUCACAGCUUAAGAAGCUACAAGAGACCAUUGCGCAGAGGACAAAGGUAGAAAUUGGGGACAUUAUCCGGAUCAGAGGUCACAUCCGCAUGUACAGAGGAGAGCGAGAAAUUCAUGCCACUGCUUAUUAUAAAGUGGAUGAUCCAGUGUGCAACAUUCAAAUCGCAAGGAUGCUUGAGCUGCCCACCAUCUACAGGAAAGUGUAUGACCAGCCUUUCCGCAGCCCAGCCCUAGAAAAAGAAGAGACACUGAGCAGCAAUCCAGGCGCCCUGGACCUUGACAGUCUCACGUAUCUGCUGAGUGAAAAAGUCAAAGAAUUCCUUGUGGAGAACAGAGUGCAAACCUUUUACCAGCAGGAGUUGGAAACGGUGGAGUCCCUGCUGUCCCUGGCCAACCAGCCUGUGAUUCACAGCGCCUGCUCCGGGCGAGUGGAUUUUAAGAAUGACACCACUUCCAAGGCAAUUCAUAGUAUAUUUAGGAAUGCUAUAAAGCUGCUGCAGGAAAAAGGACUUGUUUUCCAGAAAGAUGGUGGUUUUGAUAACCUAUUCUAUGUAACCAGAGAAGACAAAGAAUUGCACAGAAAGAUCCACCAGAUCAUUCAAGAAGACUGCCAGAAACCAAAUCACGUGGAGAAGGGCUGCCACUUCCUGCACAUCCUGGCCUGUGCUCACCUGAGCCUCAGCCCAGGCCUGAGUGAAACUGUGCUGCGGCAGGUGCUGGAGCUCUUGGAGGACCAGAGUGACAUCGUCAGCACCACAGAGAACUACUACACUGCGUUCUGAGGAGAGGCCGGCAGGCAGCACGAGUGGAGCGGGGGAGGAGGAGAAAACAGGUGGCGUUCACUCCCGGGCUCUGAUCUUAACAUCGUGCUGAGGCUUAUAGGUCUGGUGACAAUUAUCUCAUAAUAAACUAUGAAAUAUGGUAAUUUGAAGAAUGGAAUUUGGCAUGAAUUCUGGAGGCUGCCUUCUGCCUGCUGUAUCCUGGGAUAAAAGACUUAUCUCAGCCAUGACAUACAAGAAAACCCUCCUCAUUGGCCUCCUGGCUGGACCAAGCAUCACUCACAGAGCAGAAGAGGAAGAAACAGUGUUGAUAGCUGAACUGGUUGGAGGCUCUGUUGCGGUAAGGGGGCAUCCCGUGGAAAAGGCGCUUGUACUGCGGGAGCUGAAGAGCAUACAGAUCACCAGUUCAGACACUUUUUAAAACUUCAGACUAUCAGGUACUUUCUUGGUGUAUCUUGAUGGUUAAGAACCUGGUGUAGAGGACUAGUUCUCCCUGGAUGAGUGUCGCUGACCUACAGUUUCUGUGGGUCAAACACUAGUGAUGGGUCCGGAGUCUUGGGUUGAAUUCUGUCUACAGAGCAACGCAUCGAUGGGAAUAAACAGGAUCCAAGGCA